ACUCAGGACUUGGAGAGCUCGCCAUGGGGAACUGUGUCCCGCAACCGGCCCGCCAGCUCCGGUACUCCUUCAGGAAGAGCUCGCUACAGGGCAAGGAGCAGGACAGCAGAACGAAGUGGACGUAUUUGUUUGGGAACGAAAGUGCAGCUGGGAGAGCGACGCAUUCAGACAACAUUCUGCAGUAUAUCCCAGGGAAGGAUUUUGGAAGCCAAGAUGCAGCGAAAGAUAAUCUGGACCAAAGAUUCCUCAGCAUCUUCCGCAAGGGGAAGAAGAAAACCAUCGUCCGGAACAUGGGGCAAAUGAUUCAUUAUUCCAAAGUCAGAUUUCGCUUCCAGCACAGCCAGGAUGUCAGUGAUUGUUACUUAGAGCUGUUCCAAUCGUACCUGUAUUUCCAGUCCCGUGGCCCCACCGGGCUGACCUAUCAGGGGUUGGUGCCCUUGAAGGAGCUGAGUGUCUAUAAACUGGAGCGUUCUAAAGUCCCACCUAAGCCAGAAGAAGAACACGCGUUCCGGAUCACGGGUCCUUUGCUGAACCCGUUGAUUGUUUACUGUCCGAACCAGCUAGAGCUUCAGAAAUGGCUUUACCACCUGGAGAAACAGAUCCAGCUCAACGGUGGAAACCUGGAGGCUUUCCCUACAGCAGAAGUGAAUAAUGCCAGCAACAUGGAGAAGGCUGAGCUCAGGCGGUCUGUGCAGAACCAGCCCGUGCAGGACUGGCAAGGGACUCAGAGGGAAUCUCUAGGGGCCAUCGCCUGCAUCUCCAAAGUGAAGCUUCAGACCCUGCCCUUCCAGGAGCUGAACGACAGACUCUUGGUGCUGUACCCAACCACCCUGGUCAUACUGUCUGAAGAAGGAAAAAACCUGUGUUUUAAGGGCGAGUUGCCGCUGAAAGCCGUACGGGUGAUUUCUGACGAGGCGGACAAGCAAAAGAAAUCUUUCCUAAUAGAAGGAAGAUACAUCAACACAAUCCGGGUGACGUGCUUUACUCAGAUGGAUUACGCCGAGUGGAUGGACAAUCUGAAACGGGCGCAGCAGCAAAACAGAGACUCUUCUCUCUCGGGUUCAAGCAGUUUCUGCGGCUCUCACUCUGCGCAGCAGGACCAGCUGACGGCAAGCUGCCGGAGCUCCUUCGCCUCUGAGGGUCGUACUAAGUCUUGGGCGUCAACGGGGAAACCGCCCGGCUCAAACCGGCAAUCUCACAACACCACGCAGGGCUCCGACCGGCAGUCUUUUACCAUUCUGUCUGAACAGCCAAACAAUAGUGACCCCCUCUCGCCCGGAUACGCGCAGCCCGUGCAUUGUUUGGCGAAUCCUCAGCGGUCCAACGGAGCAGGAGAUCUACAGAGAGGCGGCAGCAUCCGUGGGUCAAAAGGGAGAAAUAAUCUAACUGUGCAGAUACCGACGGCUCUGCCGCACAGCUACGACCUGGAAACCACUGCGUUCGGUCUGAUCCCUGAAACACCCAGCGAGGAUCUUCUAUCCCCUGUAUAUAAGGAGCCAUAUUCCUAUCAAAGAUCAAAGAUGCAACCAUCAGGAAACGAGGGAAAAUUAAACAGAUGGAGCCUCACAGACAGCACGCCGUCUUCAGCAGAAUCCAACUGUCCAUCAAAAUUCCCAUUGUACGCUGAGCCCUACACACCCACUGAACCCCCAACAAACAACAUUGUGGAGGAGAUUUUAAAGAACCUGACCUCCUGCCGGACUGAGGUCUCAAAUUUGAAGACCAACGGAUCAUUCCAUGUGGACCAAAGUCCUCACCGGGCCUUACACAAGAUAAAUUCAAACCCCGUGAAAGGAAGCCAGCAGCUUGUGAAAACCAUAGUGCAUAGAAAUAGUGAGCCAGAUACCUCGGUGAGCUGCAGGAUCGCUCCAUCCUCACAGACACAAUUCUUUAAAAGUGUUUCUGAAUUGAAGGAAGAAAUUGCCAUGUCUCGCAACUCAGAAGUGGAAGACAUUUUUGAUUUGCCCUCCUCUGGAAGCCUGUAUCCCGAAUCUCUGGAACAUGACUAUGCAGAGCUGCAGAGCUUUCAGAGCGACCUCAGCUAUGACAACAUUUGGGACUAUGAGGCCAAGGAGAAGGUGGUGAACCGGUUCUCUCCACCUCCAUACACGGGGAGCCAUAACACAGGAUGGCAUCAGAAGGCUAUGCCCAGCAGAUGGUUGUAAAUGUGAACUAUGUUCCGCCUGAACAACGCGGCAUAAACUCGCGUCAAGCAAAGAGAUGUAUACUCUG